ACGUUUCAUCAUAAUGAUAUGUUAUGCAUUAUUACAGUCUCAGUCGUUGUAGAAAAAUGAGCGAGCUUUCUCCACUUACGCUCGCCAAAGGGACGGAAUUCUGAAAAUUCCUUACGCGAAGGCGAAUGACUACGGUACCUACGAAUGUGUGGUCAGCAGUCCAGUAGCGACCAUCACUGCAUCAGUGUUGCUACGAGUUUUGGACACGGUGCCGCAGCCGGUCGAGGACAUAAUGAUUCAGAGCAGUCCAUUCGACGUGACCAUCGAGUGGAUUCCUGGCUUCGAUGGCGGUCACGAGCAAUUCUUUCUCGUGAGAUUCUGGAGGAACAGUCUGUCCGAACUGUGGGAAACGCUCAACGUGUCCUCGACGACCACCCGCUACGUGGCAAGUCACAUGCAGCCCAACGUCGCAUUCACUUUCGAAAUCACUCCUCGCAAUAAGCUCGGCGCGGGAGGGACCCGAAGUGUCACUGGUAGGACAAUGGACGAUGACCACAUCGGAACGGCUUUGCCAACCGACUCGUCCGGAUUCACCUACUUUCCGGACGUGGACGCACCGAUCGGACCGAUACCUGAAAGGCCAGAAAAUUUCAGACUGCAUUUCUCGGCUGGAAACGUGGUUUUCAUGUGGGACCCCCCAAAAGAUCUCGGCAUUCCGGUGUUUUAUUACCGGCUCGAGUUUCGGGAAAAUGUUCGCAACAAAACGAUCGUCGCCAAACAUGACUCGGAGAUGCCGCGAUUCAGCGUGUUCAAGGACCGCAUUCGGUCCACGCAGUUAGGCGUCAACUCUUCAUACUUCCGACACGGUGUACCGUACGACUUCCACGUCAGGUCGCGUUCCGUUGCCGCCUUUUCAAACCCCAGCAACACGGCGAGGCUCGUAAUUCCCGACAAGAUGUUCGACGUGGCACUGUUAGCGGGAAUAUUUGGUGGCUUGUUAUUUCUGUUGCUUUUCCUCGUAAUCGGCGUCACGUGUGUGAAGAUAGCCCGCUUCCGGUCACGGCGACGAAGCCGUUCGAACAACAAGGAUAUGCAUUGGGUUAACUCUGUCGACUGUGGCCAAAAUCACCAUCAAGUCAUAUCCUCAAACGGAUCUCAAAGCAAACGGCCAAAUCCAGACGAAUCAUGGGGCUUUGGAGAGAUCAAACAAAGCUGUAAAAUCCACACCGUAAAUGCUGAGCCUCGAAACCUGCUCAUCUCGAACCGCCUGAGUGACUCUACUGUACUGGAAAAUGCCGGCUCGACGUUUGAGACCGAACCACUGAACAAUUCAGUCAAGUGGUUCGGUAUCUGCGGUUUGUUUCACAUAUGCCUGUUGUUGCUGCUGCAUUUACAUAUGUUCACACAGUGUAUUGUUAUAGAGCUAAUUUCGUCCGACUACGCGAUGCUUCCGAUCAGUCAAGAGUCUCAGGUCAACAGUAGUCACGUGGACAACUCGGAAGCAAAGCUGAUACGAUCCGAUCCGCAAGGCAGUGCCGCUUAUCUGAACAGUACCAUUAGCUACCGUCAAAACAGGAGGCCAUACUCAGUAGACGAUCGCACUUACGGCUGUUGCUACCAUGACUCGGCCACGGUCAACCAAUGGACAGACUAG